UGCUAAUUCAUUUGAAAAUAUCUGAAAGGAAUCAUAAUGAGUCAACGCUACAGUUCUAUAAAUCUGUUAGUUUUGUUCAGUUACUAUUUUCAUUCUGAAAGUUAAUUUGCACCAACUGGAUUUACUUCAGACAUCAUUUAAUUGUUGAUAUUCAAAAUAAACGUUUCAGAUGGUCAGUACUGCAAAAAUCUUGAGUUGACAAUUAGUGCCAAUAUGACGUAAUUUCUUCCAAAGUUAAUUAUAGAUUUCUUAAUUUGAUCAAUUUCUUAUUCUUGACUAAUCUAGUCAAACUAUUUUCAGAUACCUGCACUGGUCAUGUGGUGAAGCAGAUUUUAUGUCAAAACGGCCUGCCAUAGAACCACGUGACUCAGCCCCGCGCCUUAACUCCAGCUCUGACGUCGCUUCUGGAAGCGGGACUUUUCCUGCUCUUAUUUUGAAGUGAAGAGCGGAAAUUGGGUGUGUUUGGGUCGGAGCGGAGCGGGAGCUGCGGGACACGAGCCGCUGAGAGAGGGGCGCGAGACACAAACACCAACAGGUAAACAACAACAACAGCAGCAGCCAAUCAGAGCCGCCGGGUGCGCCCAGGCCCCGCCCACUCAGGAUGGACAGAGGAAGUCCCGCCUCCGACUCACUUCCUGUUCCCACUGACCCGGUCCGGAUGGAUCCAGACUCUCAGAACCAGGAGGCGGUUCUGAGAGUCUGCCUAUCCAGGUCACCAGAACCAACAGAACCUCCUUCAAGCCCACAAUCAACCGGACCAGAACCUCCUGGUUCUGAGCAGACGGAACCAGGAGGUUCUGGUCCGGUUGAUUGUGGGCCAGAACCAGCGCCAGAAACAAGUUUCCGCCCAGUUCUCCAGAACCCAGAAGGCUCUACAGAUCAAGCUGAGGAGGAACCCGGUUCUGAUCCAUCUGAGGUUCUGACUGCCGGACCAGAGGAACCUAGAGUCCCCGACGCUGCAGGUGAGCCCAGGCUGUGCGGCUUCCUGCAGAAGCAGGCGGGGCCCCUGAGGGCCUGGAAGCGGCGUUGGUUCAGCUACGAACAGAACCAGAACCAGCUUUUCUACUUCCGCUCACCGCAGGACGUGGCGCCGCUGGGCCAGAUCCGACUCAGCGGCGCCACCUUCACCUGUCCGCUGAACGCCGAGAGCGGCACCUUCCACAUCCAGACGCCCGAACGCACCUUCAUCCUCAAGGCGGUGAGUCAGGAGCUGAUGCUCUACUGGCUGCAGCAGCUGCAGGUGAAGCGGUGGCAGCACCGUGACACAUCUACUGGACCGGACCGGACCAACACCAACAACCUGACAGCAGACGACUUCCUGCCGAGGCAGCAUGGUCCUGUGGGCCUGGUGGGGGAGGCGGCGGCCAUCGCUCCGGCCCAGCGCUCGAUGCUCGCCAGUGUCUCCAUCAAACACCCGCUCAUCCAGUUCCAGAACUCGGUCCACAGUCUGAGGAAGAGAACAUCUCAGGACUCCAGUCAGAGCUCAGUGUUCUACGUCAAUGAUCUGCCUUGGACCGGAACCGGGCCGGAGGACGGCGGCGCCCCCGCAGAUGCCCCUGCGGCCGACCCCGCAGGUCAGAGGUCGGCGUCUCCGUCCCGCAGCUGGAGGUCCAAGUCCCGGGUCUCGUCCUCCGUGUUGGACCCCUGUGGGGACGCGGCGUCCUCAGAGCGGACGUCCCGCCUGCAGCAGGAGAAGCAGAUGCUGAUGAAGGAGGUCGAGGCUCAGAAGGAGCUGGUCUGGAUCCUCCAUAAGGCGCUGGAGGCGUCGCAGCUGGAGAAGCGCAGCUGCAGUGAGUUCCUGGCGGCGCAGGACGAGCGGCGGCGCCUGGAGCUGCUGCGGCACGGCGAGCGGCUGGCGGCGGACCUGAGGGCCCGGCUGGACGGCGCCAAGAUGGAGGCCGAGGUGCUGAGGCGGCGCCUGGACGACAGAGACGCUCAGCUGGCUGAGCUGCAGGAAGAGGUCAGGCUGCUGGAGGAGAAGAACGCAGCCAAGCAGCAGGUGAUCAUGAAGCUGACUGAUCAGGUGACCUCCUGCCUGUCGGACCCUCGGCACCCGGACUCCUCUGGACCCGCCCAGAACCAGAACCCUCAGAACCACAAGCAGCUCCAGCAGCAGAUGGACAAUCUCAAGGACGACUUGGCGGCGUAUCAAACCCAGAACCGGUUCCUGAACUCAGAGAUCUACCAGCUGACCAAACUCUGGAGGAAAAGCUCCGAGCAGGAGAGGAGCCUGAUGGUGAAGUGUGCGUACCUGGAGGCCACCAACUGCCAGAUGGAGAGCCGCUACCUGGGCGUCCUGCGGAGUCUGCAGGAGGCCAAAGCUCUGGCUCCGGAGCAGCAGGAGGCCGUGCAGCGGCUGAUCCAGGACGCCCUGGGCGGAGAGGCGAAGGGCGUGGUGAAGCUGAGCGCGGACAGGGAUCAUGACGAGUACGGCUUUAAGAUCGUCCCCGACUACGAGGUGGAGGACAUGAAGCUGCUGGCCAAGAUCCAGGCACUGGAGAUCCGUGGCCACAGCCUGCUGCAGCAGGACAGCAUGGAGCGCCCCCUGCUGGCCCGCUGGGCGCAAUACCUGGCCGGCCGCUCAGAGGACGACCUGUGUCCGUCUCCAGAGCUCAAGGCUCUGCUACGCUCCGGCAUCCCUCAGCAGUACCGACGGAGAGUGUGGCGCUGGCUGGUCCGGACCAGAACCAGAACUGUCUGGGAGCGCCACCCCCAGCGGUACCAGCAGCUGUGCGAGAAGAGCCAGACGUCGCCGCACCCGGCCUGCAGGCAGAUCCAGCUGGACCUGCACAGAACCCUGACCACCAAUCAGAACUUCUCCUCACCCUCAAGCCCCGCCCUCCAGCAGCUGCGCCGCGUCCUGCUGGCGUUCUCCUGGCAGAACCCGGCGGUCGGCUACUGCCAGGGGCUUAACAGGCUGGCGGCCAUCGCCCUGCUGGUGCUGCAGAGCGAGGAAGACGCCUUCUGGUGCCUGGUGGCGCUGGUGGACGCCAUCAUGCCUCAGGACUACUACACCAAGAACCUGCUGGCCUCUCAGGCUGACCAGCGGGUCCUGAAGGACUUCAUGGCAGAGAAACUCCCCCGGCUGGCGGCGCACCUGGAGAGUCACAGGGUCGACGUGUCGCUGGUCACCUUCAACUGGUUCCUGGUCGUCUUUGUGGAGAGUCUGCCCAGCGACAUCCUGCUGCCGCUGUGGGACGCAUUCCUGUACGAGGGCUCCAAGGUGAUCUUCAGGUACGCUCUGGCUCUGUUCAAGUACAAAGAAGACGACUUGCUGAAGAUCCACGACAGCGUGGAGAUCUACCAGUACCUGCGCUUCUUCACCAAGACCGUCACCGACAGCAGGAAGUUGGCGGCCAUCGCUUUCUGCGACAUGAACCCGUUCCCGCGGCGCCUGCUGAGGAACCGCCGCGUACUGCACCUGGAGCGCCUGCAGGGGGAGCUGCAGGAGCUGGAGGAGCAGCAGAAGGAGUUUGUGACGGAGAGCGCCCAGCGGAAAGACAAGGAGCUGGACCCGGCCAGUGAAGAUGAUGAGGAGCUUUAAUGAGAGGGAGCGUCACGGACAGUUACCAUGGUAACCGCUCCCUGGUUUGCUCCCCUGGACUUAGACAUUGUUAUCAAAGCUGUAAAUAAAUGUUCUGCAGGUUUAAAUCCCUGUUUCUUCAUUAAACCAGAACACUUCUUGUUUUUAUCAGGUCAACAACAGUAACUAACAGAAGCUAACCCAUAUGUGACAUAACUUCAGGAAUUAUCUAA